AUGCGGGAAUUCAAGGUGGUCGUCGUCGGCAGCGGCGGGGUCGGCAAAAGCGCCUUGACAGUCCAAUUCGUGCAGGGGCACUUUGUGUCCAGCUACGAUGCGACGAUCGAGGACAGCUACCGGAAACAUAUUCAGAUCGAUGGGCGCGAAACGAGGGUCGAGAUUUUGGACACGGCGGGAACGGAGCAAUUCUCCGGGAUGCGCGAUUUAUACGUGAAAUCCGGCCAGGGUUUUAUUCUGGUUUAUUCAGUUGACGACCCCCAUUCGCUGCGAGAGCUCCUCCCCAUCCACAAGCUAAUAAUGCACCUGAAACAGGGGCAGCAGGUGCCGAUGGUAGUCGUGGGGAACAAGAGCGAUUUGCACGGGCAGCGAGUAAUUCCAACGGAACAUGGACGACAUGUAGCGCGCGAAUGGGGCUGCUCCUUCUACGAAGCCAGCGCGAAGCUGAACCACAACGUUUCGGAGAUUUUUACCGAUAAAAUGCGAAUCGAGGUGGGCGGGCAGCAGGUGCCGCUGCUCGACGUCAUCGAGGCGUUGCGGAUGCGGGACGAGGCAUUGAACAAAGUCGACACCGCCAAGGCCACGUCACCGUUCAGCGCGCCCGUCGAGGCGGCCGUCGAGCCGCUGGUGAAGCAGUGGAACUGGACGUUCCGCGGCAUCCGACUGCUCCUCCUGGCGUCGUUGUGGCUGGGCGCGUUGCUGUGGUUCGCGGCGCUGUGGAAUCGCGACAGCUUCUGCCCGUACGUCGCCCACCCGGUCGCACCGCAGCCGCCCCCGCAACCUGUUCACCAGCACGCCGCCGAGCCA